UCAGUGAUUUUUAUUCCCAAAAUAGCCCACGCUGAAGAAAUAUGGAUGUAUUUAAACUCUUUGGGUUCCUGACUCUCCAUAAGAGCAUCAAAGCUCUGAGGUACUGCAUACCAUCUCCUGUAACUCGAUUCAAAUGGAUUUCCGUCACAAAAAGGAACAUCUUUCCUUCUCCAUCGAGAAUAUUCUACGAGACGACUUCUCCCGCGGGGUGAGGAAUAACAGAGUGAAACUAAUGCCACCUAGGUCAACUUUUACGAAGCGUUUGGACAGUGCAUCUUUCCAAUUGCAUGGAGUUCAUUAUUACAGACCAAUGAUUGUUAGAUAUUUGCCCGUUAUUUAUAAAUUGGAUGCACGAUGUUUACGCUUUAACGAGGGAAAUGAACAGAAUAUAGUGACUCAGAAUCCCGCCAAUGACAAAGAUAUUUCGGGUUUCGAGGACGAUUCUUCACUUCAACAUAAAGAAGACGCCAAAACAGACGGAAAUGGCGAUGAAAAUCCCAAACCAUCUAAGAUGGACGUCGGCGAGGACCUGACCCCCAAAAGGAAGCGAAGACACCGGAGCCAUUUCACUCAACAUCAGCUCCAACAUCUCGAAAAAUUGUUUUCCCACCAAAAAUAUCUAACCCGAGACGAGCGCACGCUGUUGGCGAGAGGACUGGAAAUGACAGAACUUCAAAUUAGAAACUGGUUUCAGAACCGGAGAUAUAUGGAAAGAAAAAGCGUUAAAGAAUGCGCGAAACAAGUCAAAGCUAAUGAACUUUAAAGACCGAUGUGAGUUAGAGAACAUUGACGAUUUUCGUCGAGGAGCUGCAAUUAAAAUUAGACAUUGCAUGAAGAAUUUAUUUAUAUAAUGGUAUAGUUAGGUUAUUCAAAGAAAUGAAGCAAAUGGAAAA